AUGUCUGGACUCCCAGUAUCUUCCUUCGAUGAUGACAUAGUAUCUGAAUUGCUUGGUCCAUUUAGAUUUCUUGUAAAAUUUACUUUACUUGACUGCUCUGCAAAAUCAAAAUGUCUUGGAGUGAUUACACGAUUACUCGCAGCUGUGAUAAUAGUUCUUCUUUUUGCAAGAGUUGGUCUUCUGAUGGAAACAAAGGGAAACUCUCUCUCAUUUCCAUGGGCUGAAUCUAACUUUUUUGGUUUCCCUGCAAUAUUUGCUGCCGUCUGUGCUCUCUGUAUUUUCGGAUGGACUAAAAAUGGAUUCGUCCGGAAGUUCUCAAAGAAACUGGUCAGAGUUCGUACUCUGCGAGUGGAGUCCAAUUCAAAAAUGGACAGUUACCGUCUUGUUCAAGUUCUUGCUAUGAUUUUUUCAAUUCCUUGGUUGGUAGCGAUGAUGUCUUGGAUUAUUUUCAACUUCACUCAUAACAAGAUUUUCUAUGGAGGAGAUGAAACCAACAUAAUCUUCCGUAUGCUUCUUGUUGUUUCUAACUUUUACAUUUGGUACAUUUCAACUAUCUGCCUGGCUCAUUAUGUGCUGGUCACCUGUGCUGUAAGCCGAGAAGUCCAGUACUUCAAUCAAGAACUUGAGAAAGCGAAAGAAGAUAAAAUUCUCAAAAACAUUGGUGUACUGGAGAAGUUCGACUUCCGACAAAAUGAGAUUUUUGAAAUGAUCUUGUUGGCGAACGGAUCACUUUCCAGUCUCGGCACAUUUGCUCCUCUGUUCCUGUUCUAUGGAUUGGUGAACGGUGUCUACUUGACUUCAUUCAUGGACUCGGUUCCUCUCUUCUAUUUCGUGAUUCUCAUGUUUAAUUUUGCUGCAAUUAUCGUCUACAAUCUCUGUAUCCUAUUCCCAACUGUUGCACUUCAAGAACAACUCACAACAACAACCAAAAUUCUGAUCAACAAUGAUGAAUUUGAAUGCUCAAAGGAUCCAAUUGUAUAUCAAACCUACCGUGUCAUGGUCGAUAGACUUCAGAAAGUCGAUACAAGAAUCUGUGUGAUUGCCGCUUUUCCAAUAGUCAGAGGUGUACUCGCUGCUGCUUUAUUCAUUGUUCCAAAUAUGGGUUUCCUGUUAGUCAUGGCCAAAAAAGUUCUCAUUGCCAAUGGUGGUCAUGUUUGA